AUUUACGAGCAGUCGACCUUGUCAUCAAAACCUCGUUAAAAGAUGGCUGACUUAUUGUGUGCUGAAAGCAUGUGAAUUAUCGAUGUCUCUUGAUUGGAAAAUGCUAUGAAAUUAUCCGCUCCAGCAUCUUGCGAAGGCAAAAGUGUAAUCACCGUAUCCACGUCUAUUCAAGGAAUUGAAAUAAGGGAACAAAAUUGUAGGAAUAGUGUCACUAUGCAUAGCAAAUGUGUGGCUUCGAGAAGAUAUCCUAGGCUUUUGAACUUCUGAUAAUGUUUUGAAGUACAGGCAAACACUGCACACUGUCUAUCUUGCCGUCAGAAUUAUUCCUUGGAUAAACCGGAAAAAGCUGCGAGGAGUUUGACCAGUCGGAAGCAACAUUCUCAUUCCGAACUCGCCAUGCCAAAUGGAUAGAUGCAGUCAUUUUAAUAUUCAUUUCAAGAAUUGUUUGAACGAGCGACAAUGUCGGAGAGCGAAGAAUUGACUGUGGAUGAUGGGCACCCUGUUUCCGCUUUCCAACUGCAUCGCGAGAGCAGUUACAAGAAAAGGGAAGUGUACGAAAAGCUGGUUGCCUCCAAAAAGACCCCGAUCGCGGAUGGAGCGUCUUCGAGUUCGAUAAUGGCGCAAUCAGUGGGCAAUCCUGGGCCGUCAGUUUCGCAUGCCGUGGCUCGGCCGUCACGCCAGUCGGCGGCCAAACGGGAAAGCAGUUCUUCUUUGACGUCUGCGAUGUUGAGUUUGAAUGGCCCUCCGACCUCGUUCAGCCCCAAUUUGGCCGAUUGUAAACCCUAUUCUAUUCUUUUGGGAGAGAAUAUUCUCGUUGAGUGUUCGCUUUUGAAGAGAUACCUGUUAUUACUGAAAGAUGCUUUGUCAAAGCCCGACUUGUCUGUUGUCGAAUUACAAACUCUUACUCACGAUGUCAAAAAGGCGAGAGAAGUCUUGAUGGAAAAGGUUGCAGUGCCUCUGAAUGAUUUUCAGAGGGAAUUGCAAGAGCAAAUUCCACAUGAACACUUAGCUUUUCAUUCGUCAAAUUCAGGCCCUCCCUUUCAUUCGGUGAAUUCAGCAGGUCCUCCUGUUCAUUCGUUUCACGAGUUGAGAAAUAGUUUGCUACUUCCGCUAACUCCCACGGCUACGUAUCCAUAUCCUUCCCAUCUGUAUGUCUAUCCCUAUCCGGAGCAGUUAACUGACAGGAGGAACCCUGUAGGUAUUACCGAUCAGAGUUGCGUUCCAUACAAUGCGCAACCUGCGCAUUAAAUUGUUUUUGAAUUUUGAAAUUACAGUACCUUCGUUUCACGUCUCACUGCCAUACUGCUCCAUUUUAAGCGAUUACAUGUAGUCGACUUUUUUUAUUUCUCUUUAAGUUACCGCUCUAUUGGAACGUAUAGUUAGCUGAGUCUUUUUGUGUGUGGGAGGAGGGAUAACCCUAAAAAUAAAAACGGGAUGUUAAAACAUUUCGGGAAAAAAUUUUUUGCGAGGUGUAUUCUAUGACUUGAAAACUGGAACCACAUAACGAGUUCUAAAAAUUUUUUUCUUUUUCUUUUUAUCACUUUUUUAAGGCUUUUAUUUCUUUUUUCAAAAGUGUUCAAUUGUAUUUUGUGUUCUCUUCAUUAUUAACUUACACGUUGUAGCAGGUUGUCUGUACUUUUUCUUGUUUUUCAAAUAAAAUGCACGUUAAAAAUGA